AAGCUACUGCGUAAAGUCUGUCGUUAUGAGGCCACACGCCACGUUUUAGAUGUAAACACAUUAACCCCAAGCUACUGCGUAAAGUCUGUCGUUAUGAGGCCACACGCCACGUUUUAUAUAUAAACACGUUAACUCACAGCUACUGCGUAAAGUUGUCUAUCUAAGCGAUCAAAAACAACAGCUGCUUCGUGAGUUAUAGAGACGCUGAAAUACUAAGAACAGAAACGAAACGGUAUCAACACACCUCCUCCUCCACGCUCAACAAACGGAUGCUGUUAGUGAGAUGAGAGAGAGAGACAGACAGCGCAUCUCAUUUCCCUCUCCGUUUUUUGUACAGAUAGUAAGUAGUAAGCUGUGUAAGUGACGCAUAUAAACGUGUAUAAGUAGUUCUGUGCAUAUAGAAUAAUAAUAGGCUAUUUACUUUCGCUUUAAGCAGUAUUUAUAAAAGUAGCCUAAUGUAUAUACCGUAAAAAAAAAAAAGUUACUUUUCUACCGAGGCACCAAACCGUCUCCGAGUCCCCCCCCCCCCAAAAAAAUGCUUUGAGCUGAAGCGCGACAUCCGCCCGUUGCCAUCAUGAAGACAGGCUGCGGUGUCGACGUCUGACAACACGCUCUCUACCGUAUGCCGGGCCUUGAUUGGAUGGAAUAAUCACCUGUGACGUCAGGUGACCUCGAUUGAUCGCAGGAGGCGGAGCCUGGUGUCAACUCCGUGGAGAACACAGAGAGGACUACAACGUCUCCCUAAAGAACUACAACCCCCACAGAGAGUAUCACAGAGUAGGUGACCACAACCCGCUGAUCCUAACCCUCCUCUACUUCAGGACUACAACGUCUCCCUAAGGAACUACAACCCCCACAGAGAGUAUCACAGAGUAGGUGACCACAACCCGCUGAUCCUAACCCUCCUCUACUUCAGGACUACAACGUCUCCCUAAAGAACUACAACCCCCACAGAGAGUAUCACAGAGUAGGUGACCACAACCCGCUGAUCCUAACCCUCCUCUACUUCAGGACUACAACAUCUCCCUAAAGAACUACAACCCCCACAGAGUAUCACAGAGAAGGUGACCACCAUCACUAUGGACGUCACAACCCCCUGAUCUCAACCCUCCUCCGCUUCAGGACUACAACUCAACGUCUCCCUAAAGGACUACAACCCCCAGGGUUCCGAGCGGAGCAGCCAUGAGCGCGGAGACCCAGGUGAAGUGUGUGCUGGUGGGGGACAGUGCUGUCGGGAAGACGGCCCUCCUGGUUCGCUUCACCUCAGAGACCUUCCCUGAGUGCUACAAACCAACUGUGUACGAGAACACUGGAGUGGAGGUCUUCAUGGACGGGGCCCCGAUCAACCUGGGUUUGUGGGACACGGCAGGAAAUGACACGUUCAGACAGAUCCGUCCGAUGUCCUAUCAGCAGGCGGAUGUGGUCCUGAUCUGCUACUCCGUGGCCAACGCCGCCUCCCUCGCCAGCGUCAAGCACAAGUGGCUGGUAGAGGUGCGUGACAACCUUCCCCGUGUCCCGGUGCUGGUGGUGGCCACCCAGACGGACCAGCGUGACUCCGGGCCUCACAGCGCCUCCUGCUCCUCCGCCGCCGAGGGCAAACGCCUCGCUCAGGACAUACGGGCCAAGGGAUACCUGGAGUGCUCGUCGCUAAGCAACCGCGGCGUGCAGCAAGUGUUCGAGUGUGCGGUGAGGACAGCGGUGAACCAGGCCAGGAAACGGACGCGUCCGCGGAUGUUUGAUAUCAACAGCUGCGUGGUGUUUUGACCUCUGAACCUUUUGGGGGGGGCUAGGUUGGGGUGGUGCUGGGUGGAUACUGAAGCCUCUAACUACUGCUCUGGGAUCAGGUCUCGGGGCCAGUGGCGACUGCAGACUUGGACUCAUCACCAGGGACUUGAGACUGGCGGGUUAAUGACUCGACUACAUCACUGUGUCUGACUUGAACUGUUCGAGGUCCUGUCUGACCCCAUGACCUGUGGUUUUGGGGGAACUGAGGUCCUGUCUGACCCCAUGACCUGUGGUUUUGGGGGAACUGAGGUCCUGUCUGACCCCAGGACCUGUGGUUUUGGGGGAACUCUUGUUUAACUGUUGUUGUUUUUUUUUUGUGAAAACUAUGUAAAACUACAAAAUAACAAACAAAACGGGAUCAUUCCUGGAGGAGCAGAGAGAGAGAGAGACAAGAGUGAUUAGUGAAGCAGUAUAAAUACCCUGAAGCCCAGGUGGCUCCAAUCACUAACGACCCUCCGCCUGCAGGAGGAACCGCCCCUGCACUACAGAGGAGGGGCCGUGACAUUAUCCCUGACAAGUUUGUUUUUUUGUUUUUUAAUUCUUAUUUCAGUUCACAAUAAAAUAAAACAAUACAAGUCGAUAACAACUAUUUCCGUUCUCCGUCUAUAGAUGUUAAAAGUUUUCCUUUUGUAAAGGUUUUCUAGCUCAGGUUUGUCCGUUUCCUUUGUUAAAUUAGUGUUGCCCAAAAGUGUGCCUGAACAUAAUUCAUAAAUAAAUUAAUGUUGCCCAACAGUGUGCCUGAACAUAAUUCAUAAAUAAAUACAUGUUGCCCAACAGUAUGCCUGAACAUAAUUCAUAAAUAAAUGACCU